AUGGCGGACACGGACAAAUGGCAGCCAAAGGAUAUAGCCUACACUUCCGUUGUAGGAACUGUCAUGCUCAUGGCUCUUCUCGAGUGGGUGAUGUGGCUGGCCGCCUUUCUGUACUGUUUGUUCAAAGUCUAUCGCAAGGCUGAAGAGCGCUCUGUCAAGGUGCUUUCCGUCAUUGUAGGCAUUCUCUUUAUUCUUCUUCGGAUGAUAUUCCUGCCCAUCAUGGUCGUUACGCUUCCUCUACCCGGUCAAAUCUCUCGAGUCUUUCCACGAGCCAUGGUAUCCUUUUUGCAAUGGUUUGCCUUCUGGAGCUUCUCCAUCCUGCUCACGAUACCCUGGCUGUUCUGCGUCUACCAACUCGUCACCCACAACCUCGGCCGUACACGACGUAUCAGACAAGUGCUGGAUGACAAUACUGCCCCCAAGGUCGUGGUCGUCAUGCCUAUAUAUCGCGAAGAGCUGGACGUCCUUAUCACGGCGAUUAACUCGGUUGUCAGCUGCGACUACCCGCCGGCUUGCAUACACGCUUUCCUGUCCUUUGAUGGUGACGAGGUGGAUAAGCUCUAUCUAGGACUGCUCGAGAGUCUCGGUGUAGAGCUACCGCCAGGAAAGUAUCCGAGGAGUUUGGAUGUCAUCUACAAGGGCGCUCGCGUAACCGUAUCGAGGUUUGUCCAUGGCGGCAAGAGACAUUGCCAAAAGUCGACGUUUAAACUCAUCGAUAGAAUCUACGGCCAAUAUCUACGGAAGCGAGAUGACCUCUUUAUUCUCUUUAUCGACUCGGACUGCAUUCUUGACAAGGUCUGCCUGCAGAAUUUCAUGUACGACAUGGAAUUGAGUCCUGGAAACAAAGGAGACAUGCUAGCCAUGACGGGCGUCAUUACAUCAACAACCCGAAAACACAGUCUGAUAACGUUGCUCCAAGACCUCGAAUACGUCCACGGACAGCUUUUUGAGCGCACCGUCGAGUCAGCCUGCGGCUCCGUGACCUGCUUGCCGGGGGCCUUGACCAUGCUGCGCUUCUCCGCGUUUCGAAGAAUGGCAAAGUACUACUUCGCCGACAAGGCCGAAGAAUGCGACGAUCUCUUUGACUUUGCCAAGUGCCAUCUCGGCGAGGACCGCUGGCUCACCCACUUAUUCAUGAUUGGCGCGCGCAAGCGCCACCAGAUCCAAAUGUGCACGUCGGCCUUUUGCAAGACGGAGGCGGUGCAGACGUUUCGCUCCUUGGUCAAGCAGCGGCGGCGGUGGUUCCUCGGCUUCAUCGCCAACGAGGUCUGCAUGCUGACCGACAGCCGGUUGUGGAAAAGGUACCCUGUGCUCAUCGUCAUUCGCUUCAUGCAAAACACCAUCCGGACCACGGCGCUGCUCUUCUUCAUCAUGGUGCUGGCCUUGGCGACGACCGUGGCCAAGGUCAAAGACUUGCCCGUCGGCUUCAUCGGCAUCUCCCUCGGGCUCAACUGGCUGCUCAUGUUUUACUUUGGCACGAAGCUGCGGCGGUUCAAGAUUUGGAUGUACCCGCUCAUGUUUGUCCUCAAUCCCUUCUUCAACUGGUACUACAUGGUCUACGGCAUCUUCACGGCCGGCCAGCGGACGUGGGGCGGCCCGCGCGCAGACGCCGCCGCCGCCGACGUCAACACCACGGCGCAGCAGGCAAUUGAACAGGCCGAGCAGCAAGGCGACGACCUCAACGUGGUUCCGGAGACGUUCAGAGCGGCUGCAGAGGGACAACAGACCGCGCCUGCUUUGGGGAGACAAAAGAGCGUUGUGAGGCCGCCGGACAAGCUGGUGGGCAGAUUUGUUGCUGGAAGGGGCGCGUCGACGAGCACCUUGGGCACUUUUGAGCCGGACGGCUCCAGGCCCGACUCAAUCAUGCUGGAUGAAAUGUCGCACUUGAGGCCGCCGUCAAUGCUCUCGACGGUUACUAGUGUCAUGAAUGGCUCUCAUGAUAGCUUGUAUCCGAGUGACCUCGAGGAGGGAUAUGCUUCCGGGAUGUCGCCUGGCUUUUCGCCAGACGCCUCGGCAGCCGUUGCUCCAUUGACAUUACAGCCCUACGAGGACCCAGCAGAAGAAACUCGGACCGCCCUUCCAGAAGACGGUCGACGCUGGUAG